CUCUCUCCCGGCGCCCGCCCCAGCUGCCGCCCGCCCGCUAGUCUGUGCAGUGGCUAUGCCCCGGAGGCUCGACCCCAGCCCUGGUCCCCGGCCCGCCGCCUAAUUAGCCUACGCGCGCCCAGAGCGCGCCGCCGCCAACGCCGCGCCAGGCGCAGAGAUGGGCAACACGGUGCACAGGACCCUGCCAGACCCGAGUCCUCCCGCGCGCCUCCUGGCCACCCGGCCAUGCUGUGGUCCUGGCCCAGAGCGGCGCCAAGUCCUCGGCGAGGCGCUGCGCUUCCACACACAGGCCAAGGGCAAGAACGUGCGGCUGGAUGGACACUCCCGCCGGGCCACGCGGCGCAACAGCUUCUGCAAUGGCGUCACGUUCACACAGCGGCCCAUCCGGCUGUACGAGCAGGUGCGGCUGCGCCUGGUGGCCGUGCGCCCUGGCUGGAGUGGUGCGCUACGCUUUGGCUUCACCACUCACGACCCGUCGCUCAUGAGUGCUCAGGACAUCCCCAAGUAUGCCUGCCCGGAUCUGGUCACGCGGCCUGGCUACUGGGCCAAGGCGCUGCCAGAGAACCUGGCACUGCGCGACACCGUGUUGGCCUACUGGGCAGAUCGCCAUGGCCGCGUCUUCUACACCGUCAAUGACGGCGAACCAGUGCUCUUCCACUGUGGUGUGGCCGUGGGCGGCCCACUCUGGGCGCUCAUCGAUGUCUAUGGCAUCACCGACGAGGUGCAGCUCCUUGAGAGCGCCUUCGCCGACACGCUGACGUCCACGCGCCUCAGCCAGGCCCGUUUCAGCGCCUGCCCGCCGCCCAGCAGCCACGACGCCGCCAACUUCGACAACAACGAGCUGGAGAACAACCAGGUGGUGGCCAAGCUGGGCCACCUGGCGCUGGGCCGCGCUCCGGGCCCGCUGCCCGCUGACGUCGCGGCUGCCGCCAUCCCGUGCGGGCCCCGCGACCGCCCGCGGCCCGCGUCGUCGCCGGCGCUGCUGGAGGCCGACCUGCGCUUCCACGCGACGCGCGGGCCCGACGUGAGCCUCUCGGCUGACCGCAAGGUGGCCUGCGCGCCGCGGCCCGACGGCGGCCGCACGCUCGUCUUCUCCGAGCGCCCGCUGCGGCCCGGCGAGAGCCUCUUCGUGGAGGUGGGUCGUCCAGGGCUGGCGGCGCCCGGGGCGCUGGCCUUCGGCAUCACGUCCUGCGACCCCAGCGGGCUGCGGCCCAACGAGCUGCCCGCUGACCCCGACGCGCUGCUCGACCGCAAGGAGUACUGGGUGGUGGCGCGCGCAGGGCCCGUGCCGGCCGGCGGCGACGCGCUCAGCUUCACGCUGCGGCCCGGCGGCGACGUGCUCCUGGGCGUCAACGGGCGCCCGCGCGGCCGCCUGCUGUGCGUCGACACCACGCAGGCGCUCUGGGCCUUCUUUGCAGUGCGCGGCGGCGCCGCGGGCCAGCUGCGCCUCCUCGGUACCCUGCAGUCCAGUCCCACGACCACGACUCCAUCAGGGUCCCUCAGUGGCUCCCAAGAUGACAGUGAUUCAGACAUGACCUUCAGUGUCAAUCAGUCCUCCUCCGCAUCUGAGUCAUCCCUGGUGACAGCCCCCAGCUCCCCACUGAGCCCCCCAGUGUCUCCUGUGUUCUCCCCACCGGAGCCAGCAGGCAGCAAGAAUGGCGAGUGCACAGUGUGCUUCGAUGGCGAGGUGGACACAGUCAUCUACACGUGUGGACACAUGUGCUUGUGCCACAGCUGUGGCCUGCGGCUCAAGCGGCAAGCUCGGGCCUGCUGCCCCAUCUGUCGGCGGCCCAUCAAGGACGUCAUUAAGAUCUACAGGCCAUAGCCGGGCCUGCCCACAGGCCUUGGCCAGAGCAGGGUCACCUUUCUGAAACUUCCCUGGGCCAGGCAACCACCAUGGCCUCCAGGGAGUUCAGGGGCAGCAGCCAUCUCUCCAGUGGUGGGUAACACGUGGCAGUCAUGGAGAAUGGGCCCCGGGGGAUUGAGCCCAGCAAGGGGUGCUUCUGGCUCAAAAGUGCUUUGCCCCCAAAAGGUCAUCCUAAGAGCAAGCUCAGGAACUGCCUGGCAGAUCACCCGUCCCCUUGGUGACCUUUUAGCUGGGAAACAGCGUCUUCUGUCUGUGCAAUGCUUCUUUCUGGGUUUCGGUUGAGGGUGUGUGAGAGAAGGGGAGGGCAGGGAGGGAGCCAGAGACCAGAGAAAGAAUGUGAGAGGAACGAGAGAGGGAGAGCACGCAGGGAUUUUACCAGGUAUCCGGCUCUGGGAAGUUACUGAACACUGCGGAAUGUGCAAUCCGGAGCCCAGGUGUUAGCGUGACUAGAAAUUGUUCCCUUUCCGGGAUUGUGACAGAAGCUCGUUUUGAAUGUACAAAGCCUGAACCUAAACAGAACUCCCUUGGGUGGUAUAGAAAAGACACACUCAGAUUUUCUAAGGGGAGGUAAAAAUAACUCAUUGUUUACAGCUCCAAAGCAGCAACUCCUUGAGGGGAAGGUAGGCGGAGAACAUAAGAGAACAAUUCUCUUUCUUUCAUUUCUUACGCAGUCUUGGGGGUGCUGCAGCUGAGCACUGCAGGCUGUGUCAUCUUUUCACCCCUUCCCCCCAGAUAGCCUAAUAAUAAGCACAUCGCACCUUGACUCGUCUCUGGAGGCUUUUUGAUCCCCGCCCCCUUCUCUAAGAAGAGGAGCUGGAUAUUCUGUUUCCUGGAGGAGGGAUGGAAUCCUAGAGGCAGUUGAUUCACCUGGACUUGGAAAUGCCCCUCCAUGGUACAGACAGCUGUCCAUGUUUCCUACUAUCACCCCUGGGCCUGGCACUAGCCAUGUAUGUGGGCACUUCUAGGGUGACCUGCUGGCAGGAGUGGGAGGAACCAGGACUUUGUGACUGGUCCUUGUUGUGACUCUCAGUCCAUCUUCCUCUGCUAGUUACUACAUGUUAAUUGAUAAGUGUGUUAACUGAUAAUUGAGACAGUAACUGAAAAUGCUGGUAUUGUGAUUCUCCCCUUUCCAGGCCUAUUUGCUGGUAUUUCUCAGGACCCUGGUCCUACCCUACCCCCUCAACCCUGCCCGUCUCUACAGACUCUCAGACCACACCUGGGAUAACAGGUGGUCCAGGCCUGCUCCUCUCUUUUUGUCACCAGUUCCGGGCUCCACCCCUGCCCUGUUCUGUGUUGUACCUGUAGGAAAGUCCCUCAGCCUGUCUGUUUUUCGGUUCCCAUUUGGAAGUUUAGAACCUGAGCACUCCAAGAUCUCUUAGGAGGACCAGCACAACAUUCUAAAAAGCCUGAGACACCUUGCAAAGAGAAAGCAUUUUUGUUACAAUUCCUAACCUGCUCAUCUGAGGAAGAGAGGAAAACAUUCAGAGAAUUUAUGCAGUCGUUUACCAAACACUUCCUGGGUUUCUGAGUGACCAAACCCUUAUCAAAUCAGGUCCCAUAGACCAGUCAGUGCCUGGGGGUCUUGGGCCACUCCUCCAGCUGAGAAUGGUCGUAGUUUUCUGCCCUGGCCCUCACUUCAGACCCCCCUCCCUCUUGCCCUGGCAAGAAUCCCUGAUUGGUUACUUUUCCCUAGUGAAUUUGGGAAAUGUGCCCACAUUUUAAUUUUGUGGCAUAAUCUUUCCCCCAUGUGCUGGGCAUUGGUGGGGCCAUGCACAGGCCCUGUGUGGGAGGACUUGUCACCCAGCCCUUGGUUUUUCAGGUGGCUGUCCCCCUGACUGGACUGAGAUGCAGUCACAGCUCUGGUGGUGUCAGUAGCCAGGGGGAGUUACCUCCUCUCUCUGGCCACUUGAUCUUCCUGGCUUCUUCCUUGAGCUGUAGCCAGGGUUAUGUACAGCCACCACCAGGAAACCAGUGACUGAGGGUCUGGACCCAAGGGUAGACCAGGCACGCUCCUAGAGACCUGUUACCCAGGAAGAAAGGAGCUAGUGGCCUGCUUAACCUGCUCCACAGCUGCUAUUUAGCCACCCUGUUUGCAAGAGGAGUUAAGGGGGUGUUUAUCUUCUAAAAACCAGACAUUUCCUGAUGCUCUAAAUUGAUUUAUUCAGUGUUACAGAGGAGAUGCUCACAUCCCUAUCUAUGGUCUGUCCUGAGAAGGGGAUAAGAGAAAAGAGGAAAAGGAGCCACUGUUUUAUAUUUUGCACCUGCUAUGUGCCUUGGCACUGGGUGACAGAGGUGCCUUCAUGUGUUAAUCCUGUGAAGCUGGUCUUUUUGCCAUAAUGAGUCAUAUCUAAGAUACUGCAACUCAUAAAAUGGACCAUUUUAUGUACCACUGGGGGGAAAAGGCUGCCAAUCUUAAUUGUAAGAAGCCACAACUAUACAGUUCAUUCUGGUCAGAGAUAAAGUGUGAAAAAACUGUGCUACUUAGAAUUGAUGAAAAAUGGUACCAUCUCCAUAUGGCAGAUAAGGGACCUGGGGUCCUAUCAGUGAAGUGACUCAACACACAACAGCAAGUGGGAGAGCUGGGAUUCAGGAGUAUCUGGUGCCAACUCUCAUGCCAUCUACUGCCUGGCCCUGAGUCCCAGAAAGCUUAGACUGAGUUUUCCUCCUUGAGACUCAUCUGGAGAAGCCUGGGUGCCUGUACCUGAGUGGAGGGUUCCACCCUCAGGCUGCACCACCUCCACUGCCCACACCCUGGAAGGACAAGUGUCCUUUCCUUUCAGGCUCGCUUUCUGCCCCCCUCCUGCUGGCAGAGCCAAGCUAUGUGAGAUCUUGACUUUAAGCCAAGCUGGGGGCCUUCAUUGACAUAGGGGAGCCUGUGUGGGACAAUUUUGGGAGGGGCCCAGGGCCUUGCCCUACCACCUUCCUGGUCCUUAUGCCCACUGACCCUUUAAGCAGAGCCCCUGGCCAGCUGAGCAUCCCUUCAUGUACCCAGCCCUCCUAUUUUCCAGACUCACUGCCCAUCAUGUGCCCUUCUGGGUCACAGCAGCCAGGCCUCCAGGGCUAGGACAGGAUAGACCAGGGGACACCUCAUUUUGGUCUUGUGCCUCUUCUUUAGGAGCGUCUUGGAAAACUGAGUGGUUUCUAAGUCAAAGCAAGUUCCUUUUUCUAGUGUGUCCUCAGAACAGGGUGUCUCCCAGGAUCCAGCCACGCCCUCACGGCAGCAGCAGCACUUCUCAGUCUGGCUGCGCCCACUGCUAUGCUCUGGACUCAGGUUGAGAAGUGAGACUAAAGAUAAAGGCUGCCUGGGCUCAUGGCCGGAGGAGGAUAGAUUGGUAAACUUUAUCGGAUCCCUCUGGUGUCAAGUCUGGGCUAACACGUAGGUACUUAGCCAAGGUUUGCUGAAUAAUCCAGAAGUCAGAUUAUGAAUGUUCAGGAGGUUGGUAAAACAGCACCACGUAUGCACACAAAGUCAUUCAACAAAUGCUUGCAGAGUGCCUGCUAGGUGUGGGGUGUUGGGAAGAUGGAGCAGAGGAAACUGUGCCCAGCCCUGAUGCAGCAGGUGGUGGCAUUAAGAGGGUAAUUCGCCUUUGGGGCAGAAUCCACUGGACCUUAUUUGCUAUUCUAUUGCCUUUGGUCCAUCUAGGUGAGAGCCUAGCAGCUGCUUUCCCAGCCCGAAGCCUCCUGCAUGCUUUGAAAAGCACUGCAUUAGACAUGGGGGACACCUUGCAGUCAGGGAGCUGCUACCAAAACAGCCUUAGGCAGAGGCCCCACAGGCUGAUCACCCUCAGGUGCUGCCAGGGGGCUGUGGGGAGAUGGCUACCUACCACUUUCUGUUCCUGGAAAUCAGUCCCCAAGUCCCCUCACCCACAAGUGAGGUAGUCCCAGUUGAGACUGGGGUGGCGUGAAGUCUUGGCAAAUGAGAGGCAAUAACCUCCCACCGCUGGAUCCUGUCCCUGUCCCAGGUCUGACAAAGGAACACCGGCUCAGGAACACAUGGCCUCCUGGCAUUUCUUGGUAUUUGUCUCACUGUCUUUAUCCAGGUCCCUAAUGAAACCACUUGUACAACAAUCUGUCUGUGCCUUAUGAAAGUGUGCACUUUUUAUCCUUUUUAAAAGCAACCUUUAAAAGUGGGCAGGGGACUAGCAUACAUGGUAGGGUUCUAGGAAUCUGAUAAUCACUGAAAUCCUCUUGGCAUUAUAUUUUUGAUGUUGGAGUGAUAAAGUGUACAUCCCUCACCCCAAACCCCACUAUCUGUGUACAGACCUUUUUAAACAUGCCUCCUCUUAUUAUUAUUUUUCUGAUUCAAUACUGUGACUUCUCCAGUACAGUCUAAUCUUUGGGGAUCUAUAAUAAAGGUUUUAAAACUAGGGGGAGUGGGCUGGGAAGGGUUUGCACUGGUCCUGUGUGUUGUGCUUUUGUUGUGUUGUGUGUUCUGAUUAUGUCUGUUUUUAUCUGUUUUAUAUUAAUGUAAUUUUCCUGUUUAAAAAAAAUACAACUUUGGCUUGUUAAAA